GUAUCAUCAUUAAUUGUUAGUUGUCCGAUUGACAUGUCAGCAAUGCAGAUGCAAUGCACGGGUAUAAUUUUGAAAGUAACUUUUCAAAAUUUUUUCCCUUACCAGGAUCUGGUAACCGACAGUAUUAAAUUUUAAAUAUCUACAUUUAAGUAGAAAUAUACCAUCGUAACUAAGUAUGUACGAGAAUUAAAUACAGUACAUGGUCUACAUUGUUAGAACAAAACAGUUAAUAAACAAUAACGAUGGAAAAGCUAACCGAUGAUCGAGUCAAGUCCAAGACCAAAAAACAGACAAAGAAAAAGAACAAGACUGAAAGUACUGAAAUUCAGGAAAAAAAACUUGAAUGUGUUACUAAAAACCAUGAAAUCAACGAACAAAAAUUGAUUAAUGAACAAAAACUAAUUGAUGAACAAAAAUUAAUCAAUGAACAAAAAUUAUUCAUUGAACAAAAACCUGAUAUAUUUAACAAUUUUAAAAUAAGUAUUGAAAUAAAUAUACUAGCAGUAAUACUAUUUAUGUCAGCUCUGUCAUCAAGAUUUUUUAAACUUGAUCAACCUCGUAAUGUUGUAUUUGAUGAGCUCCACCACGGAAAAUAUGUUAGUUUAUAUAUGAAGCGAACAUUUUUCUUUGACACUCAUCCACCUCUUGGAAAACAAUUAAUAGCGGCUGUUGCAUAUUUAUGUAAUUACAAUGGUCAAUUUAAAUUUGAAAGAAUUGGAAGCGAAUUUAGUGAUGAUGUCCCAUUAUUUGGUUUGCGUUUUGUACCUGCAUUAUGCGGUAGUUUGAUUAUUCCUGUUGCUUAUCAAUUAAUGUUGGAACUAGGAUGUCGACAUUGGUGUGCUGCUCUUGCUGCAUUUCUUCUUCUUUGUGAAAACACAUUAUUAACACAAUCUCGAUUCAUCUUGAUGGAGUCAAUACUAAUAUUUUUUACAUUAUGUGGAUUAUUAUUUGUGCUUAAGUAUAAAAGACUGAACAUGAAAUCACCUUGGGCGUUGACUUACUUAAUAAUUGCUUCUGUGUGUCUAACUAUGGCCACAUGUGUCAAGUAUGUUGGACUUCUCUCGUGGCUUUUGAGCUUAUGGAUAAUUUGUAGAGAUUUCUGGGUUAAUCAUUUGGGCGACAAACGCCUAUCAGAUUUUACUGUUUUCUUAUGUGUAAUAUUAAGAUGUAUUAUUACAUUUGUGAUAUCCGUUGCGAUUUAUUUCUCCGUAUUUUUUAUUCACCUAAUAAUUUUGAAUAAAGCCGGUCCACAUGACAGUGUUAUGACAAGUGCCUUUCAAGCUAGCCUAGAAGGUGGACUAGCAUCUAUAACUAAAGGUCAACCUUUGCAUGUUUCUCAUGGAUCACAAAUAACAUUACGGCAUACACAUGGAAGGACAUGUUGGCUUCACUCGCAUACUCAUGUUUAUCCUAUCAAAUAUGCUGAUAAACGAGGAAGCUCUCAUCAGCAACAAGUUACAUGCUAUACAUUUAAGGAUGUAAAUAAUUGGUGGAUAGUAAAAAGACCAGAGAAAAAUACAUUAGCAGUAGAAAAUACAAAGGACCCUGAUGGUAUAAAACAUGGAGACAUUAUUCAGCUAGUACAUGGAAUGACAAGUCGUGCUUUAAAUUCUCAUGAUGUUGCAGCACCUGUAUCACCACAGAAUCAAGAAGUAUCAUGUUACAUUGAUUACAAUGUUUCUAUGCCUGCUCAAAAUCUGUGGAAAGUAGAAAUAAUCAAUCGUGAUCAAUUUGGAGAUGUUUGGCAAGCUAUUAAUUCACAGGUAAUACUAACUCAUUUAAAUUCAACACAAGCAUUGAAGUUUAGUGGUAGACAGUUACCAGAUUGGGGAUUUAAUCAGCACGAAGUGGUUACAGAUAAGAUAAUAUCUCAAGAUGAUACAGUGUGGAAUGUUGAAGAACAUCGCUAUACCAAAAGUGAAAAUGAAAAAGAAAGAGAACGUGAACUUGUUGCUGCUGAAAUGAUACCAUCAAAAGGAACAAAAUUGGGACUUUGGGAAAGAUUUUGGGAAUUACAAUACAAAAUUAUAUUUUCUUCACCAAACUCACAAAAUGUUCAUUCACAUAUGUAUAGCAGUGAACCCCUUGAUUGGCCGUUAAUGGUACGCGGAGUGGCCUAUUGGUUAAGUGAACAUGAUAAUGGACAAAUUCACCUAUUGGGAAACAUUGUUGUAUGGUAUUCAUCGACAUUAUGUCUAUUGUUAUAUUUAUCAUUCUUUGCUUUUUAUUUACUGCGCCAAAGAAGACAAAUAUAUGAUUUAUCCCUUGAUGAAUGGGAACAAUUCAAAACAAUUGGAGAAGUAUUAGUAGUUGGAUAUGGCUUACAUUAUAUUCCAUAUUUUUUUAUUGAUCGUACAUUAUUUUUACAUCACUAUUUGCCUGCUCUUGUAUUUAAGAUAUUACUGUGUGCUGCAUUUAUGCAACACCUAGCAAAUAUUGUGAAAGCAAAAUUGAUUCCGAGAUUUAUUUUUCAUUUAAGUCUUUGCAUAUGGAUUUUAAGUGUUAUGUAUGUAUUUAAAAAGUUCAUUGUAUUCAGUUAUGGAACUACUCCUUUAACAUCUAAAGAAGUUUUUAAACUACGAUGGAAAGAUACUUGGGACUUCAUUAUUCAUAAACCAUGAGUGUAAUAUUUUGGUGAUUAUACUUAUAUGUUACUUAACUGGUAGAUUGACUAUGACAGCAGUUGAAUAUCUUUUUAUUUAUAUUCUAGUAUUUUUUUAACUGUUUGCAAAUAUGCAUUAUGUCACAUCCACUAAUAUGUUCAUUAGUUAUUACAAUUUUUUUUAAAUUAAGAAUCUAAAUACAUUUUAAUACAUUUUAAUUAGAAUUUAAAUUAAAUAAAAAGUAUAUUAUUAAUGUUAAGUAUAAUAGUAGACACUGACUUAUAAUUGGCAAUUUACGUACAGCUUGUCUUUCCAGUCUAUCUACAAAUAAGUGAAAAUUAUGCUCUCUUAUGUGAUAAUAUUUUUAUUACAAGCUAUACUUUAUUCAGUUUAAGAGUACAUCGAUUUGCGCAUACGCAAUUGGUUGCUAUAUUGCCGGACCCCUUGAUUAAUUGGUCAAAAACAAUCAUUAACAAAUGUAUGUUCUCAUCGUACACUGGUGGUAUAAGUGGUGCUGAUGAGGGUUGGAUGGGUGAAUGGAGGCAGUGGUACCCAUAACCGUCUAUGGCAAGACAUGCGCGUACACAAUGUGUUUUCGUCUAUCGCCCGGUGUACUAAUAGAGAGAGUUGAAUGAGUUCCGCUUAAUGUGUUCACAUUGGUGCAGAUCGUUUUAAUUCUAUUAACCAGUUGAUUAUAUAAAACAUUUUUUUUACUA